UAUCUUUGUAUUGUUCACAAAUUUAAAAUAAAUACUACCACAAAUACUGUAAAUACUAGGCAGGAUCACCUCUUCUCUUACAGCUGCUGCAAUAUUUCACUUUUAUUUCCUUGCUGUCAUUAUUUCACCUCAUGUUUAGUUCAGUUUAUUCUUAAAACAAAUAAUGAGCAGCAGUCUUCAGUGUGGUCUUAUCUCUGAGACUCUUAACUGUUUAUAUAAAAGGAGAAGUUUCCUUCUCAGGUCAGUCCAUCUGUACAGUAAACUGUAGUAAGUGUAAACUGACCUGGUGUCAGUGUGGUGUGUCUUAUCUUUAUGUGUUUAGUGUGUGCACAUCUGCAGCAGCCUGAUCCCAUCAGACAGCAGGAAGGUUCCCAGGUAAUAAAAGCUUCACAUCUCUGCAGCAGCACUCCCUCCACUGAGGCCAUGAGGCCAGUUAACCAGCAGAUAAUUGAUGCCUCUCUCCUAUUGUUGUGAGGGCCUCGCCCACUGGCCUCGGAGUGUGGGAAAGCUAAUCCUGCCUGGGACUCAUGGCUCUGUAAUGCUAAUGUGGGCCUAUAAAUAGAGGAGAGGGCUCCUCGCUCCCAUCACAGCUCACUCUGCUCUCCACCAGAAUGGCUCCGAGCAACGCCAGAGACUCUCCCAUCUCACUGCUGUCCACCAGAGACAGACACAAAAUGAGGAAACCGGCGGUGGAGAAGAUGCGCAGAGAUCGCAUCAACAGCUGCAUCGAGCAGCUCAAGGUCCUGCUGGAGAAGGAGUUCACCAAACAGGAUCCCAACGCCAAGCUGGAGAAGGCCGACGUCCUGGAGAUGACAGUGGCGUUCCUGAAGCAGCAAAUGCAGCCCCAGAGCCCGGCCAAUCACACGACGGCUCACGGCGACGGCUACUCACGCUGCUGGAAGGAGACGCUGCACUUCCUGUCCGCCAGCUCCCUGAAGGAAGUGACAAUGCCGUCCCUCCGGUACCUCCACGCUGCACCGGCCCUCUCCUCCCACAGCCACAUCCAGGCUGCAGGCAAGCAGCCGCCCGGCCCAGACAGGGCGGUGUGGAGGCCCUGGUAGGAGCUGGACCACACCGGAUGGAUGUUCUCCAUCAUCAAGCCUGUAUGGAAUAUUUCUACACUUCCUGUUUUUAGUUCCUCCUCUGAGGAGCUGCUGCGUGUUUACAAUGUGAAACAUUUGGCUGUUUGACUCCUGUGGUGUCGACUUUUUAUAAUCCUGAAUCAAUGUGCUGCAUAGUGUAGAGACGUGUUUUAUCUUCCAUGUGAAGUGACUGUCACCUUUUAUAAAGGAAUCAAAUAUAUUCUGUUGUUGAGAUUCAACUACAUGUGAAUAAAUUCAUUUUUAUAUCUUUA